UUCGUCACCAUGCGCUUCUUUCACCGCAAGCUGGCAGUGGUGCUGCUGGGUGCAACCAGCUUAGCUGCAGAUGCUGGCGCAUCCUAUCCAGGCAAUGUUUCCCCAAACGUCGCCAUUGAGCAGGGUGUCAUCAAUGGUUUUGUGCAGAAUAAUACCAACGUAUUCCUCGGCCUCCCAUUUGCCCAGAGCACUGCUGGAGAAAAUCGCUGGAAGGCCCCCAAGCCGAUCGAGGCAUUUCACGGAGGGGGAUUCGAUGCAGGGACCUAUGGCCCAUCCUGUGCCCAGGUAAUGUCCGGCACGACAAUCACUGCCCAGAGUGAAGAUUGCCUGAGCCUGAACAUUUGGACUCCAAUUAGUGACACCAAGGCUAAUCUGCCGGUCUUCGUCUAUAUCUAUGGCGGUGCUAUGGUCACUGGGGGAAGUAGCAAUGCCCAGUGGCAAGGCUAUAAUUUCGCACGCAAGGACGUGAUCUAUGUCAACUUCAAUUACCGCGAAAGUAUCUAUGCCUCGCCUAAUGCACCUGAGCUGCAGGGCGAGUCCCAGAAUUUUGGGAUCCUGGAUGUGGAGUUGGCUCUGGAGUGGGUUUACAAUAACAUCGAAGCCUUUGGUGGUAACAAAUCUCAUAUUGUUCUGGGUGGCCACUCCUCCGGCGCAGUGCAUGUCGACCACUACCUCUGGACUCACCCGCAGACUUUCCUGGCCGGCGCCAUCGAGAUGUCCGCUAAUGCGCAGUCAGGUCCCGCCUACGCACCUGCAGGCGUCGCACUGAAGCAGGUAGUAGAGGGCAUGCUGGAUUCUGGGGUAUCGCUAGACUGCACAGCCGAAAAUUACACGCUGGACUGCCUUCGCGCAGCAGACAUGUACGACUUCCAAACCAGCUACUUCAACUCAACCUCCAACACUUGGUUCGCGCCAACAGUUGACAACAUCACCCGCUUCAACAACUACACCGACCGCUUCGUCAACGGGCAGUAUCCGAAAUCCCUACCCCUUAUCGUCGGCAACUCAGACCAGGAGGGCGCUAUCUUUGGAUACGUCUAUAGCGCCGAAAACAAGAACUUCACCUCCUGGAUCCGCACCUUUGAUGCAGACCUGGCAUUCGUGUCGGAGUCCGAGCUUCUAGCCGCGUAUAACAAAGCCGACUAUACAUCCAUCUCCUCAAUGAGCGGUGCUUCAUACGGCGACGCCCGCUUCAUCUGCGCCACCGACUCCCUCCUCGACCUCCGCGCCGCGAUCCAACCCACCUGGAUCUACCGCUGGUUCGGAAACUACUCGAAUGUACUGGGUAUGCCCGGCAUCGGGCCAUCCCACGGUAGCGAAGUCCCCUUUUUCCACGGCGGUAAUGAGUGCUUCUCGCAGCUGAGUGGCGUGACCGAUGCGCAGCAGCGGUUGGCGGAUUACAUGAAUGACUGGUUUGUUGCGUGGAUUCGGGAUCCUUCUGCUGGGCCUGGCUGGGAGAGGGCGAGGCCUGUUGAUGGGCCUCUGGCGCAGUUUGGUGUGCCGCGGCGUGAGGGGGAGACUGUGAUGAGUACGACGGGGGAGUAUAAUGGUCGGUGUCAGAGGGUUUAUAAGCCUAAUUUUCCUAAUUACCCCGUGGUGCAAAACCCUGUGCUGCUGGAAAGGUAGGUUAUGGUGCAGGAAAUAUAGUUCAAAGCAUUUAGACUAGAGCAAAUUCUCAUUACUGCUUCUAUUAUCGUGCAAUGUUAGUGAGAAAUAGCCCCAACCAGAAGCCAAGCCCAAACAACAAUAGAUUCGUCGAAUAUUUCCCUUUUACCAAUGCUCUAUCUAGGUUAAU